UCAUCAUCAGUCAGUCAGUGCGAGAGUUCCGAGAGUUCAGUUUUCGUUCGUAAACAAAUGGACAACAAAAUCCAGAAAAGUGUUGAAUUUCCGCUGAUUUUCGUUUAAUUUUUGUGUAAAAAGUCGUACAAAACGAGAAAAUGAUCCAUGACAUCCUUUUCACGCUGUUUUCGUCAAAUUCAGACCUUCCUAUCGAGAAUUUUACGAUUCCGGAAGUGGCAGCAAACUUUUUGCACCCGGGGGAAAUUAAAAUCCUCGAAGAUCUCAUCCGGAUAGCCAAUCAGUACAAGGAGCUGAAAAAGUUCGUCCACCAGUAUGGUACGCAAUCGGCCGGAUUGGUGAAGCCAAAGCAGCAGAAGCCCUCGGAGGAACCGCUACCGCAGGGACUGUACCUGCAGGCAUUUGCCGAUGGAUUAGAUUUGGCGGUGAAACCGUACCGUGAUUUGAUAGUGCAUCUGGAGGCGUACUACUUGAAGCGGCCGAACCUGUCGCUGAUCUUCAUCUACCACCAGGUGAACCAGUAUCAGUCACUGUUUGGAUUUUUGCUCCGGCUGGUCAGCGGAGUCGUCACGCAGCGAAUACACGGCUGUGCGCUGUUGCAGUAUUUGCAGCAGAAUUGUCUGCACGGCAAUGAGAAGCACUACCAGGCUGUGAAGUUGAUUCAAAACGCAGUCUAUGCCAUUUUCAUAAAACAGCUGUUCGGGUGGUUGCUGCAUGGGAAAUUUGUUGAUCAGUUUGGGGAAUUUUUCAUCCAGCAUGUGGACAAUACCAAAACGGCUGGCAUCGGUUCCUUGCAGGGCACCACCGGUGGUACCGGUACUCACUUGUCGGUGAACUCGUUCUCGGACAACACCAGCAUCAAUACGGAACUUUGGCGCUACGAAAUCCGACACGAAAUAUUGCCUUACUAUUUCCCCACGAGCUGGGCGGAGAAGGUGCUGUUCGUAGGGCAAACCGUCCUGAUGUUGAACUGCGACCCGAGGGAUCACACGGAUAAGCGAACUACAGGUGAUAGGAAGUUUGCCGCCAUCAAGGAUAGUUUGUGGGGUGAUCAGGAAUGUGCCUUUUUCAAAAAGUUCCAUCAGCUGCAAUUGGAUGAAAAUCUGAAUAUUGCCAAGUUUGAACACAUUGUUGAUGAGAUUAAGCUCUGCGUUACGGAGCAGAUGUCGGAGAUUGCCAUCAAGGAGGCUGAUCUAAUCAAACAGCUCAAGUUGAUUAAAGAUUACUAUCUACUUGGAAGAGGCGAACUGUUCUCGGAACUGUUAAGACAAACUAAAUCACUUAAGACUCUGUUCUCGAAAGGAAUUACUGACGGGUCGUCUAGGGAUAUGAAUCGAGCAUUCCAGUUGGCAGCGAGUAGUGUGAACAUCACCGAAGACGUCGAGCAGUUUUCGUUUGCCUUGCCGCCUAAAGAGGAAGUCGAUAGCUUUUGCUAUGAAACCAAAGGAAUUCUCAGCUACAUCACCCUAAAGUACAAAGUGAAGUGGCCUCUUCAUUUACUAUUCUCCCCUAAAACCCUUGAUAAGUAUAAUGAAAUGUUCAGAUUCCUGCUGCGAAUCCGUAAGAUCCAGUACGAUAUUCACCAGGUCUGGUCGCUACAACGAGAGAACAAAGUGAAGAAAAACUCCGAACUGCUACAGUUCCGUAACAAGCUGAUGUUCCUCAUCGACAACUUGCAGUACUAUCUGCAGGUAGAUGUCCUUGAAAGCCAAUUCAGCAUCCUGAUGGGUGCCAUUGGCGAAACAAAAGAUUUCGAACGCAUUCAACGUGCCCAUACGGUUUUCCAAGCGAACGUUCUGGGUCUGUGCUUUUUGCUUUCGAACAACGCCCCCGAUAUGACGACGAACACGACGGGCAUCAUCCAGGUUAACGAGAAUCCCGUGCUCACCAUUUUGGAUAAGGUGCUGGUUAUCGUGGACAAGUUUUGUUCGUUUUGCAGUAGCUGCAAGGAUCCCAUGACUAAAGUGGAGCGACAGGAGUUCAACGGCUAUGAUCAAGCAUUCAAAAACCACGUUGAUUCCUUGCUGCAGCUUCUGAUUGGUCUUAAGGCUGGCCCAAGCAGUGCGCCGCUGUCCCAACUGCUGUUACGAUUGGACUUCAAUCACUGGUUUAGUAAUAAUACACAAACACAAUCUUCCUAAAAAGGUAUGUAUUUUUCCUUCGCUUUAUUGGUCGACUUCCAUUUUCUGCAAAUGCGCCUUCAUGAGGAUACACUUGGUCAUCACGCAAUCGCAAGGUAAGCCGUGCUCCUCCUGUUCAACGUCCAAUAGCGUCAGUUGCAAGUUGUAUCUACAGAAUAAGAAUCGUUACAAAUUA